AUGGAUUGGUCAGCACCGUCUCCCCAGGGCAACAGACGCGUGUUUAAUAUGACAGAAGUCAACCGUAACCAAACAGGCUGGUAUCGUUGUGGGGCCCGGAACCAGGUCAACCAGGAACGGUCCGACCGCAUCUGGCUGGACAUCAUCUUCGGUCCUGAUAUUCCCAAGAUAGAUGUGACUCCCUACAGUGUAACAGACAGAGGAUACUCUGCUCAGGAGAGACAGGCGGUCUCUCUGCUCUGCCAGGCCCAGUCCAACCCUCCCAGUCAAUAUGUCUGGUUCUACAACAACAGCCAGGUGUACACGGGACCCCAGUUCACCAUCACUAGGAUUCUGCGGAUGAACACUGGUACCUAUGCCUGUCAGGCUCAGAAUACGUACCUCAACACCCGCUCUCUCAAGACCAUCAACCUCACCGUCUAUUACCCUCCAGAUGGUUCCCCUUCCUGCUCUGUUCUGCCAGCAAUGAACUACUCCUCCCUCAACCUGACCUGUUCAUGGCCAGGGGGCUUGCCUCCCCCUUCACUACGCUGGACCACAAACCUUCUGGCACAGGGAGGGGCGUGGCUUGGGGGUGAAGGGGCGUGGCCAGCCAACAAUGUCUCCGUACUGCAGUCUGGAUCCCAGACCAACAACAACUCUCUGUUCACCUGCCUGGGGAUGCACCCUGCUCUCAACACCUCCACACAAUGCACUGCACGGGCUUGGUCUCCUUAUGGUGAGCCAGUGUGUUCCGCUUAUGCCACCGGUAAGAACCAAUACCUGCUGCUGUCCUGCUCCUGGGAAGGUGGGUCUCCCAGGGCUGUGGUGUGGUGGGAGGUGCCUAAAGAAGAGGGGAGGGGCCAAGAAGUGGAGACCUCCAAGAUCCUGGUACUUCGUUCUAACUCCACCCAGAAUGGACAGGCCUACACCUGCUACGCCAAACACCCCCUGGACACACGCACCAGGACCUGCAGCCUUGUCCCGGUCAGUAAGCCAUAUAUUCUUCUGAGUGAUGCAUCCCCUGCGGAGGGAUCUUCAGUGUGGCUGCGCUGCGGCCUGGAGAAUGGUACUGGGCCACUUUACUUCCUGUGGGAGCAUGAGACAUACAGUGGAUUGGUCAGCACCGUCUCCCAGGGCAACAGCAGCGUGUUCAACAUGACAGAAGUCAACCGUAACCACACAGGCUGGUAUCGUUGUGUGGCCCGGAACCAGGUCAACCAGGAACGGUCCGACCGCAUCUGGCUGGACAUCAUCUUCGGUCCUGAUAUUCCCCAGAUCGACGUGACUCCCUACAGUGUAACAGACAGAGGAUACUCUGCUCAGGAGAGACAGACGGUCUCUCUGCUCUGCCAGGCCCAGUCCAACCCUCCCAGUCAAUAUGUCUGGUUCUACAACAACAGAAGACGAGAAGGCAGUCUUGCCUAA